GGGGUUCCCAGGAGGAGUUAGCGGACUAGUGAGGUGUGGGCAAGACCGGGAGGCAGGGCCCGCGGCUGGAGGUCGGCCAGAAAGGGCCUGGGAGCGGUGUCUGGCUCCAGCCAGACGCGGACCUCUGUGCUGCAGCCCCCGCCCGACCCUUUGGGGCCUUCCAGUCGUGGCCAGUGUUUUCAUCCUUGACACUUUGCCCCGGGUACGGGCCUCCAGGCCCAGUCUCGCCCUCCCGAGUCCGGAGACCCUCGGUCGUGUCCUUCCUGGGCGAAGCGGGCGGGUCGGGCUCCGACGCUUUGGCGGCGCCCGGAACCCCAGGCUCGCGGCUCCAGUUUCCGGCCGGCGGAGGCGCUCAGCUCCCCGAGGCCACGGAAGCGGGCUCAGGGGGCCGGGCCGAGGUCGGACCGGAGAUGGCGCCUCCAGCGGGCGGCGCGGCCGCCUCCUCGGACCCGGGCUCGCCGGCGGUGCUCUUGGCCGUGCACGCCGCGGUGAGGCCGCUGGGCGCGGGGCCGGACGCCGAGGCACAGCUGCGGAGGCUGCAGCUGAGCGCGGACCCCGAGCGACCGGGGCGCUUCCGGCUGGAGCUGCUGGGCGCGGGACACGGGGCGGUAGGUUUGGAGUGGCCCUUGGAGUCAGUUUACUACACCGUCCGAGGCCCCAGCCAGCAUGAGCUGCAGCCUCCACCAGGAGGGCCUGGGACCCUUGGCCUGCACUUCACGGAUCCGCAGGAAGCUCAGCGGUGGGCAGCCCUGGUCCGCAGUGCCACCAUGGAAGGACAGAAUGGCUUGCCCCCAGCCCUAGGCCCAGAUACGUGCCCUGUUUCCCCGCCCAGUCCCCUUGAGGUGCCCACACCCAAGGCCCCCCAACCCAAGGUGCAUCUUCCCUGGAGCCCUGGAGACUUGUUGGAGAAAGAAGAGCUGGCAGGGCGCCUGGCUCAGGCCAUAGAAAGUGGGGAUGAGAAGCGGGCAGCCGAGGCAGCCGCCACCCUGGCCCAGCACCACGCGGCCCUCAGGAUCCAGCUGCAGGAGGCCUGCUUCUCGCCUGGCCCCGUCAGGCUACAGGUCACGGUUGAAGACGCUGCAUCCUCUGCCCAUGUGUCACUGCAGGUCCACCCCCACUGCACCGUCAGGGCCCUCCAGGAGCAGGUCUUCUCAGAGUUUGGCUUCCCUCCGGCCGUGCAGCGCUGGGUCAUUGGGAGGUGCCUGUGUGCCCCUGAGUGCAGCCUCGCUUCCUAUGGGGUCCAGAGGGACGGGGACCCGGCCUUUCUCUACCUGCUCUCAGCCCCCCGAGAAGCCCCAGGACGCAAUCCUCAGCGCCCCCAUAAGAUGGAGGGGGACCUAGGCCGCCUGUUUCCUCAGUCCUUGGGGCUGCCCCGAGCCCCUCAGCCUGCCAGCUCCAGCCUCCCCACCCCCCUUCAGCCCGGCUGGUCCUGCCCUUCCUGCACCUUCAUCAACGCCCCGAGCCGACCCGGCUGUGAGAUGUGUUCCACCCAGAGGCCCUGGGCUUGGGACACCCUUCCCACAGCCUCCACCCAGCAGGUCCCAAGGCGAGAGGACGGCCCGAGGUCCCUGGACCCUCUUCUGAACCUCUCCGGGAACCUGUCCUGACUGCGUGCUGGGACGGCCACGAGUAGGGGAGGAGGCUGUGAGCUGGAGUCAUUAAAGGCACUGCUGAGCUGGC